UAGUUGGACAGCUGACAUGGGUCAAGGUCAGGUUUCUUAAUUUAUAAUGAAACCAGAAAUGACUUGUUCUGCUUUUAUAUAAUUGCUUUUCAUUUUUAUUAAUUUAUUGUAAUAAUUCGAGGAUGUGCCACGAAUGACGUUCUACUUUUGUCCACCAGAUGUCCCCAUUUUCUCCCAUGUUGUUUUUCCCCACUGUCCUUGUUAAAGCGUUGCUGGGAUUCGAGUCUCACGAGUCCCCGAGUCACUUCAGUCACAACUCAGUUAGCUACUUGUUGCUACAGUUGCUUGCUAACAACAAGUUAAACAACUAAAUUUUGUAAUUUACAAUUUGUAUUUAUAUCUGGUGUUAGUAACAAGAUAACUCAAGUGAUACACGUCAAAGAAGAGAAUGAUUCAUGAAUCCCGAGUCAUAUAAAGAAUCGGGUUAUUUUACCUGGAUGAAUCCGGAUUCGCUCAUCUCAAGCACCCAUACCGUAAAUACAGGAUUAGGCGCGCAAAUAAGGACAAAAAAAUAAUAAUAAAAGCGCGGUUGAAUUGACCGCAGACAAGGAGCUCGUAAGAUCACAACAUUUGGUUUAUUGUAGUUCGUCGGAAGAUGAAACUCAUACAAACUCUCUCUCUCUCUCUCUCUCUCUCGCCGGCAGCACGUGCACGAAGAAGCUCCCCGGUUACCAUGGCAACGACCCAAACAGAGGAGGGUUUUUAAACAGCGCACGAGAUCAACAUCAUCCACAUUGGCAAGAAAAUGGCUGAAUCCAGCAUUUCAGUAGUUCAGCUUUCAGUAAAUCAGUUCAGAUGUUCAGUGUGUCUGGAUCUCCUGAAGGAUCCAGUGGCUACCCCGUGUGGUCACAGUUUCUGUAACGUGUGUAUUAAUGGCUCCUGGGAUCGGGAGGAUUGGAUUGGUGUCUACAGCUGUCCUCUGUGCAGACACACUUUCAAUCCAAGGCCUGUUCUACACAGAAACAACAUGCUGGCUGAAGUGGUGGAGAACCUGAAGAACUCAGAAACCCAAACUGCUCGUUGGGACGCUGGACCUGGAGAUGUGGAAUGUGAUUUAUGCAGCGGGGGAAAACGCAAAGCCGUCAAGUCGUGUCUGAUGUGUCUGGUCUCCUUUUGUGAAACUCAUCUGAAACCUCAUUAUGAAGUUCCUUCCUGGAAGAAGCACAAGUUAAUCGAAGCCUCUGGAAAUCUACAAGAGAAGAUCUGCUCUGAGCAUGAUAAACUGGUUGAGAUCUAUUGUCGUACCGACCAAAGCUUCAUCUGUUACUUGUGUACGAUGCAUGAACACAGAGGACAUGACACAGUUGCAGCUGCAGCAGAACGAUCUGAAAAACAGACUCAGCUGAAGGAGGAGCAGAUGAAAUUUCAGCAGAGAAUCCAGGAGAAGCAGAAGAAGGUGCAGGAGCUGAAACAGGCUGUGAACAUUAUAAAGCUCAGUGCACGGACAGCAGUAGAUGACAGUGAGAAGAUCUUUACUGAGACGAUCAGCUCCAUUGAGAAAAAGUACUCAGAGAUGAUGGAUAUGAUCAGAGAUCAGGAGAAGGCUGAACUGAGUCGACCUGAACGACUCCUGGAGCAACUGGAUCAGGAGAUUUCUGAUCUUCAGGGGAAAGUCAAUGAGCUGGAGCAGCUUUCACACACACACGAUCACAUCCAUUUCCUCCAGAGUUUUCAGUCUCUUGGUCUCUCUUCUGUAUGUGAGGACUCGACCAGUGUUACCGUCAAUCGUCUCUCACUUGACGGAGUGAGGAAAUCUGUCUCUGAUCUGAAAAAGAGAUUUAAGGAAUUCAUCAAAAUCCCUCAACAUGAUGCAGCAGUUAAGAUGAUUUUACCCUCAGAUCCAAAGAGCAGAGAAGAUUUUCUGAACUAUUUCUGUGAUCUGACUCUGGAUCCCAACACAGUAAAUUAUUACCUCAUUCUGUCUGAGAGGAACAAAGUGGUGACAGUCAGUGAGACAAAGCAGCCGUACUCUGAUCAUCCAGAGAGAUUUGACUCCUAUGAGCAGGUGUUGAGUAAAGAGAGUGUGUGUGGACGUUGUUACUGGGAGGUGGAGUGGAACGGUGUGGAAAUGGACAUAUCAGUCUCAUAUAAAGACAUGAGCAGGAAAGGACGGGGUGAUGAGUGUGUGUUUGGAUGCAACAAUCAGUCCUGGAGUCUGGAGUGUUCUUCUUCUUCUUUCUGUUUUUGGCACAACAACAAUUAUAUUAAUCACAAGGUUCCUUCAUCCUCCAGAAUAGGAGUUUAUGUGGACCACAGUGCAGGAAUUCUGUCCUUCUACAGCGUCUCUGAUAGGAUGAAGCUUCUCCACAGAGUCCACACCACAUUCACUCAGCCUCUAUACGCUGGAUUCUGGAUAGGUGGUAAAGGAUCCACUGUGAGAUUAUAUGAUUUGAAAUAAAAUUAGUAAUGUGAGUAAACAACUUUAUCACUCUUAAUUCAGAAUUUUAUUCUAAUUUUCAUUUGUUAGAUCUUUUCCUCGCUUUUUUGGCAAAGUGCACGUCACCACCAGGCUGUUCCAAGCAAAUUAAAUACUAAAAUGGCUGAUAUACAGGUGGAAGCAGUGGGCACUAAUGAGGUUCUCGGGAACACUUUGGCGACAUCUGGUGGGGCAGAUAAGUGAUGAUACUGAUACAGUAUAAAAAUAAGAGACGAAAAGGGCAGAACAGACCAGAAUCCUAAGAAGAUUAGUUAACUGAAAUUAUUAAAGAGAAAGGAAGAAAUGUCAUGUUUCCUCAGUUGCCUUUUAAGAAAACAAAGUAAUAUUACAUUUUUUAUGUCAAAGUCUGCCUCUACAUGGGUAGUAAAAUGCUGUUUCACAAUCUUAUCCGAUAUAUUUUACUUGAAAUAUCAAGUAAGUUUCAAGUCUCAAGUCUCAAGUUUGCAAGUCUCAAAUCAAGCACCAAAAUCCGCCAUGAUGCGCACAUCAGGCAAUUACACUUGAUUUAUUAUUUAAUCUGAUUUUGUAUAUUCAUUGUCCUUGCCAUUGACAGUUUUGUUUUGUCACAUCAAAUUUGUGAUGUGACAAAACUAAUCUAAUAACACACAUCUGUGGGAAACUGUUAAAGUUCCUGGUUCUCAUACUGCCAAUACUGCUCAAUUUAUUGUUUCUUUCACCAAUUUAAUGUAAGGGGUCACUGUGUAGUGUUCGUGUCCACCACAAUAUGUAAAAUAUGACUGCUUUAUGUUCUGAGGCAUAAAAUGCCCUUAUGUUAUUGAGCUCAUUUUAAACUAUAUCUAAAUGUGUUACCUGAUUGAAUUGCCUGCAUAUGUGUAAAAGAGUGCUCACAGUUACAUCCUUCUUGUGAUAUAGCAAUAGCACAGUGCAUUUUGUCUAAAACAGAAUGAAGUGACAGAAAGAGGGUUUCUGCUCUCAUUAUUGUGAUUACUCUGGUAAUGGCUGCAUGAUAAAUGGUAAUGUUACAAAAUAAAACUCCAAUUCAGUAAACAGCAGGUUGCCUCCCUUUACUGUCCACUGAGGG